AUGACCAGCUUCAACGUGAGGCGUCAGAGGCAAGCUUACCCCUUGGAGACGGAUAGUGAAUCAGGGGAGGAUCAUCGCGAAGAAAGUUGGUUCAAGACGCUUUACAAAUGGAUCGUUACCAUUGAUGGAGAUGUUGAAUUGAGUUCAGAGAGAGGAUACAGAUCAAUACCGCUUGUAAGCAACUACGUGUUUUUCUUGGGCGGUAGAGUGCGUUCUUUACGCAGCACUCAACACAUAUGGCUCCUAGUAUUGCUUGCUAUCGUGGCUCCGAUGGUUCUGUUCUCGAUAUUUGAAGCCAGGAAACUUUGGCGAACUUCACUGGGCUAUAAACCACUGGUAUUUUUCUUCUACUACUUCUGGGCUAUGGCCUGUUUGUUCUUCAUUAGGACAGCAACCGCUGAUCCCGGUGCCCUGCCAAAGAACAUACAUAUAGCUCAACUGAGGAACAACUAUCAAAUCCCACAAGAAUACUACAGCAGCAUAAGUUUACCGACCCCUAAAUCCAAUGUGGAUCCACUUAGCAAAAUUGAUAUAAGAUACUGCACUUCGUGUCGAAUUUGGAGACCUCCGCGAGCUUCUCAUUGCUCCACGUGUGGAGUCUGCGUAAUGACCCAUGAUCAUCACUGUAUUUGGGUCAACAACUGCGUAGGCCAAAGAAACUAUCGCUAUUUUAUUAUUUUCUUGAUAGGCACCGUGCUGGCAGAGCUUUUCCUCAUAGCCAAUUGCUCUAUACACAUAGCACGAAGAUCCUCGCAAGUACCUGUUACAAUUUUACUCCUGGUCUAUGCAUGUCUCUCGAUUCUGUACCCUGCAAUCCUCCUCGGUUAUCAUGUCUUCAUGACGGGCACUCAACAGACAACCAGAGAAUUUCUCAAGCAGGUGCACACCAAGAACCCUGUAUUUACAAAAAUUAAACCUGCCCCACACAACCCAUUCGAGCAGGGCACGUUCAUCAAAAACAUGGGAUCACUGAUGUUACAGCCACAGGGUCCAAGCCUACUCGGCGCACGAGCAAAACACCGGUCGGGAGACUGGCGUUUCUACAAUAUCCCAGAACAGCAUUCAUUCCAAAGACUAUAA